GGAGGCGGGUCCACAGAUUGCAACAAGUGUUUUUUUGGGUGCCCUGGAGGCACAACUCUCUCUCUGUGUGGAAAAGUUUGAGGACGCUCUUUGGAUAAAAGAGAGGAGGUUUCAGCGCGGCUCCACACUGUAACUUAGGACUUUGUUUGUGAAAGUCCACCGACAGCAGCAGCAACCAUGGAUAGUUUACCGACAGCAGGCAGCUCGGAUAGCGGAUCGAACGGGAGCUUGAUUGAUCCGAGAUGCACGGGGGAUCCUCCUCUCGCCUUGGACAUCAUCCUCAAGUUGGACAUCUUUGGCAUCAUCCUGUACUCUGUGCUCACCUUCAUGGCCGCAGUGUCCAUGCUGGUCUUCCUAGAGGAGUGUGUCUACAUCUAUAGGAAAGUGCCCGCCAAUAAGAAGAGUGUAAUCAUAUGGGUGAAUGGGGCAGCACCGGUGAUCGCCACCAUGUCGUGUUUGGGGAUGUGGAUCCCCAGAGCCACCAUGUUUACUGAUAUGACCUCUGCCUGCUACUUUGCCGUUGUGGUGUUCAAGUUCCUGAUCCUGAUGGUGGAAGAGGUGGGUGGCGACGAGGCUUUCCUGAAGCGAGGAGCGAGACAUAAGCUUAGGAUCAGCACGGGGCCGUGUUGCUGUUGCUGUCCCUGCCUGCCACACGUGGCCAUCACACGGCGCUCUCUCUUCCUGCUCAAACUCGGCUCCUUCCAGUUUGCCCUCCUGAAGAUUGUCUUCACCAUCCUUUCCAUUGUCCUCUCCACCAACGGGACAUUUGACCUGGCUGAUUUGAACAUUACAGGAGCUGCCAUAUGGAUCAACCCAUUUGUGGGCAUCUUGACAAUCAUCGCCCUGUGGCCUGUAGCGAUCACGUUCAUGCACCUGAGGGUUACCCUGCGGACACUCAAGAUCGUCCCCAAGUACGCCAUGUACCAGUUGGUGCUGAUCCUGAGCCAGCUGCAAACAGCUAUCAUCAACAUCUUGGCUCUGAACAGAACCAUCGCCUGCGUUCCGCCCUUCUCCGCCGCAGCCAGAGGAUACAUGAUGAGUCAGCAGCUUUUGAUCCUGGAGAUGUUCAUCAUCACGCUGGUAACGCGUCUGCUGUACCGCCGACAGUAUGAACCUUUACCCGACGAGGACCAGGACUUAAACGAAAACACCAAGAUGCUCACAGUAACCGGGUCUGCAUGAGAACUCUGUGUGUCUGUGUGUGUGUGUGUGUGUGCGCGCGCAUGUGUGUCAUUUUUAUUUCCUGUAUUUGAUUAUGAGAUUAUAUCGUCAAUAUGAAUAAAUGAAAUGUGAAUUAUUUGUAAAUUUUUGUUGUGGGUGUCACAGAGGUGCAAACUCUACAAAAUUGUUUAAUUGACUGGUCACACACCUUAUCCAGAGGGAUCCAGCAGUUAUAAUUGCUAACACUUUGUCAUUUCAAUUUGUUUUUACCAAAAAAGAAACCAUGCAAGAGGCCAGUAAUGUUUAUUUUACAGGUCCAUAAUUCCCUUGUAAUUUCCAAGGAAGUGUCUAGGAAAGAAACUGUGAUUUGGUAAUAAUUAUAGGGAAAUGGAGAAAAUGUUUGAUAAUACUUGAGUGUUCAGUUGUUGAUUUCCAGUGGAAUUUCCUUCAAGAAACUGCUCAGUUUAAACGAAACAAUGUUUUAUUAUUAAUUUAUUAGUAGAAUUUAGAUUUUCUGUGUUUGUUGAAUAGUAUCCUCCAGAUAUUAAUUGCCAAUUGAAGUACUUUUCUAUGAAUUUACAGUUGUAUUCUAGGAAACUUCAAGAAAUAAUGGGACCUCAAAUAUAAAGUGCCACCACUUAUUUAUACCCACUGUCUUUUUGUUAGGCAUUAUUGCACAAAUGAAUAUAAACUGUACUUUUGUCUUUUGCAUUCUGUGUUACAACCACUGGACCUUUACUAUUACGUCAUUAUUACCAUGUACAACAUAAGCAUUUUAAACGUCCUCAGAUGAAAUGUCA